GUGCCACAAUGAACACGCACCGGUCAAAACAGGAAGUGGGAUGCAGUCUAUGUUAGGUUCCGAUACUUAUACCCAGACAGCUGUACUGUGAUGUUCAAAGUGGAGCUUAUUAUUAUCCAUAUCGUACCAUGGCCACUAAAAAGUUCUUAAGGCCUUCAGCAGGUGUUCCAGUCCUGAGUGAAUGGGCAAAAUGUUGACCACUUUUAGGACGGUGUUUGUGAACCUGAUGCUGUCUUUGAAUAGCAUCUAGAAGAUACCAAUCAGUGGAUAUCCACAACAAUGUUUACAAAACUUUGACAUCUACCAAGUGGGGAUAAAGAUAGAAGUCUUCAGUGUUGAGACAGAAUGUCAAGCGGGAAUGACUCCUGCAUGAAUGGGCAAGAAUCAGUGAAUUAUUUUUCCUGUAUUAUCCGUCUAUGGGAAUGGAUUGGUUUGGGAAACCUGGAGGAUUACCUCAGCUAUGUGGAUUACUUAGUUUGGGUUUUUACCCCAUUGGCCAUUGUCUUCAUUUUACCACUGUUUAUUCUGCUGUUUCUAUACCUUUCCAUACUUUUCCUCCAUGUUUACAAGAGGAAAAAUGAACUGAAAGAAGCUUACUCAAAUAACCUUUGGGAUGGAGCUAGGAAAACAUUGGCCACAUUAUGGGAUGGACAUGCAACCAUAUGGCACGGUUAUGAAAUUCAUGGACUGGAAAAAAUUCCCAAUAAAGGGGCUGCUCUGAUUGUUUAUUAUCAUGGAGCCAUUCCCAUAGACUAUUAUUACUUUUUAGCUAAAGUCAUCAUUCAGAAGGGGAGGACUUGCCAUUCUGUCGCUGACCAUUUUCUAUUUAAGCUUCCAGGUUUCAAGUUGCUCCUUGAAGUAUUCAGUGUAAUGCAUGGACCACAGGAGGAGUGUGCCCGUGCCUUGAAGAAUGGCCAUCUUUUAGCAAUUUCUCCAGGUGGUGUUCGGGAAGCAUUGUUCAGUGAUGAAACCUAUACACUUAUAUGGGGAAAUCGUAAAGGAUUUGCCCAAGUAGCUAUUGAUGCCAAAGUGCCCAUCAUUCCUAUGUUUACACAAAAUAUUCGAGAAGGAUUUCGCUCACUUGGAAGUAUCAAAUUCUUUCGAUGGCUGUAUGAAAAAUUUCGAUUACCGAUUGUACCUGUAUAUGGAGGGUUUCCAGUUAAAUUCCGUACUUAUUUGGGUGAUCCUAUUCCAUAUGACCCUAACCUAACUGCAACUGAGUUAGCCGAAAAGGUGAAAGAAGGAGUGCAAGCUCUUAUAAACAGACACCAGAAGAUACCCGGAAACAUCCUACGGGCACUUUUAGAACGAUUCCACAGAAGACAAAAAGAUGAUUAAAAAUAAUAUAUAUAUAUUUUUAAAUGUGUUACAUUUUUAAUUGUAUUUUUCUGACUUAUUUACGGUCAUUGUAUUGUGCUCCUGCUUUGAUUUUUUGAGUACAUUUUUAUGACAAUAUUUUGUAAAGUAAAAUGUAGGAAACAAUUUAUAAUUGACUUGGAAAAGGUACAGUAUAUUAUUAACAUUUCAAUUAAGUGGGAUACAAGGUAUCUGAUGACAAAGUGUGUCUGCUGAGGAUUUCUCUUACACUGAACAUCAAAGUGGUUCUCAAAUGGUGUUAGUUAUUCCCCCCAUCCCUAUGCUGACUUUUAUUCAGAGGUUUUUCUCGUUUUUUUUUUUUUUUUUCUUAAUACGAUAAAUGUUAUACCUGAACAGAAUAUUUUAAAGUGUAUUUUUGUUCCACUUAAACAUUUUUGGAAUCCUCACUUUACAUUUUAAAUUUAUUUAUUCUGCAAAUUGCUCGCAUUUGCAGGUUUUUUAUACUGCAAAUUCUAAUUGCUGUGAUCUUUUCUAAAGGAGAUUUUAAUUAGCUCAUUGAGUACAGGUGAUUUUAAGUGAUUUGUAUCAUGUUUAAAGCUUCUGUAUGAUUAUUUUGAGCAACCCUAGUACUCCUUUUCUCAUUGCACCUAUUUAAACCUAAUGUUCGCGCAUUGAUCUUUACUCUGAGGUGCACUGAACCUAAGUCUUAAGUGGUGCUUUAUUUCAUUGACCUUUUAAGACACUGCAUCAUUAAUUUGCAUAAGUCUGUUAAACUUGUCCUAAUUUUAUUAAGUGAUUUGGGACAUGAACUAAAAAUAGUAAUGUUUGGGCUGUUGUGGCCUUUGCAAGUACUAUUGCACUGCAGUACAUCCCUGUGUCUUAGGAAUGAUGACAUUGAAAAUAAUCUACAGCAAAUGAAAAGGACGAAUAUAGUCGAUCAUUUCUGGAAGUUGAGUGUGUACACUGCCACACAUAAGAUUCCAGUAAGUGUUUAACUUUUUAACCAUCAAAAAAGAGCAGUGUGCAAAUAUUUAAAAUGUAGCAGAGGCUAAAGUGUUGGCCUGUAAACUGCAAGGCUUCAGGUUCAGUGCCCACCAGUGUCAGACUGUGACCCUGAGCAAGUUACAUAAAUUUGUUAGUACUACAAAUAUAAAAAUGUUCUAUAGUUCUAUGCUCGUAUUCAUGCUAAUGACGUGAUGUAAAUUUUUAUUUUAGACAUUCAGAUAGCCUUGAUGAAAACAAGCCAUUCAGCCUGAAAAUAAUGCAUUCACCUUUAAAUAUGUGAUUCUAAUUUGGUGUUGAACUAUGCACAUAUUUUUAUUUUAUCUUUAGUUUUUUUGUCAGUAUUUCAUACUGAAGUGUUACUUUUGUGCAAUAUCAUAAAACAUGUGUUAUUCUGUGUGACGCCAUAUGGAUAUAUUUACAUUUUGAACGUAUAUUAAGUGCUUAACUCAAAGUUACACAGUGGUGGAUGUCAAAGUUUAAACGAAUUUCUGAAUGGAGAACUGGAGCCAAGUCUCAGUGUUGUAGGCUUGUAUUGUCAACUUUAUCAGCUUAUUAAGCUUGCUUACUAGCCUGGAUUGCUGUUAUCUUGUGAGGGAUCAUACUUUUUAUCUAGGUACAGUAAAGUUCAGAAUCCAGUCUUUUUGUUCUGACGUCUGUAGUAAAGAAAACAAGUUUAGUGUAUUAAUACAUCUUUGAUAAACAGCGUUUGUUGUCAAUUAAGUGUGUCACAUUAAACAACUUUUCCGGCAGUUUUUUUUUUUUAUUUUGCAAACUUUGUUUAACUGAUCUUGAGUUGGAAACCGUCAUGGUGUGCACCCAUUCACCCUCAGUCUUUCUUCUGACAGAAAAUCUGUCCAACCAGUCUGCGGCAUGCCUUAAGACUUGAUUUUUGUCUUACGUAAUAGGAGUGGCCUCUGUGCAUGCAAGAGUUGACAGCCAGUAAGCACUCACCUGGAAGUGCAAUGCAAAUAAUGCAGCUAUAAGGAAUGUGUUUUGGACUUCAUCAACAAGAAUAGACUGGUCUGUCUAAUGUUUCAUGCUUUACGUUCCACAGCAGAGUGGAAAAAUGAUAAAAGGGGGUGACAUUGUGGGUGAAAUUGCUGUACCUGGAAGGCAUUUGCGCAAUGCUGGAUUUGUCAGGUAGCAUGUUGCUGGCUGUCAGAAAAAGGGAAAAAUUUGCAAUAUUUUGGAAAUGUGAGACUACCAUGAAAGGUUGUCACCCAGUUGUGUAAUUUUGUUAUGUUCUGCAAAAGUUAGUUGUGUAAUCUGACAUCUUCAGGUAACGAUCAGCAAUCACAGUCAUCAAGUGUGACAUCCCCUGUGCCUAGAAGUUGUGUAAUGUGCCACUGGCUUAACUUUUGCACACAUGUCAUUUUUUUUCUUCUGUGUGUGCGUUAUUUAAAAAAUGCUCAUGACUUAGAACAAUUUAAUUUCAUCAAUGGAGCACACCCAUUUAGUGGAAAGCACUAUGACUAUAAAGAGCCAAACACUUUUGUCACUAGGAGUAUACUUUUAAGAAACAUUCCCUUAAUUUCUUCAUUCCUCUUAUUAGCUUUCUGAAUCAUAUUAUUGUCUAUAGCCCAUUUAACAACUGCUAGGGAGCGUUUCAAAAUAACCCACUCUAUGACCGUUUUACAGCAGAGAUAGAGAUAAAAAAAAUAUUAAAACUGGGUGGUAUGAAACAACUCAAACUUUUGUGAUAGUGACAGGUUCAUGAAAUUUCAAAACAAACUUGCCUUAGGUUCAAGCAACAAAAAAUUGCGAUGCCAUUAUAAAAUGUCAGUAAAGUGUCAAUUCUGUUUUGUCACUUUGACAUAUCACCAUUGGCUCCAAGUGUUAAAGCUAUGACAGAGGAGAUGUCUGUGUAUAAAAUGCUCUCGUUUGUUGUUGAGCGAAUCAAAUGUAUAAUCACAGUACAGGCACACACAAAAUUAGCCUGUACAUGCAUUAGCAAAAUGUAAUCAACAAAUCAUUUUGCAGGCAAAAUCUUCGAGGUAUCUGAAGCUGUAAUAAUGCUUUAUUUGGACUUGAUUACUCUUAACUGUAGUGGCUGACAGGAGCAGUGCUCCAGCACAUCAGCUGGAGUGUCAAACUCAAGUCCUGGAGGGCUGCUGCGUUUCCUGACUUGCAUCCCACAAAUAAUGCAAGUUGUUUCAUUUUGUGUCCAUUCUAAAAAGUAUUUAUUACCUCUAUAGGAUUAGCAGGUAAUUCUAUUCAUUGGGUAAUCUAUUCAGGAAUAAUUGUUUUAUAAGACUGAAACCCAUGCAUUAGGCUGUAUUACAGCCUCAUAUUAUUGUUAUUAUUAUUAUUAUUUACAUUUUAUACUGAAGGAUUCUUCAACAAUUUAGCUCCAUUGUGCUGAAUGAUUUUAGCAUAUGGAGUAAGGAUGUAACUCACAGAAACUCUUUCUGCAGAAUUUAAGCAUAACAGAAAAGUUCACUACCAGAUUUGAUUAAUAUCCUGUGAGUAAAUCUUUAUCUUCUACUCGGUUUAGCACUAACUAUUAAAAAAAAAUCCUAAUUAGAACUUUUAAAACAACUGUACCUGGUAGUUAACAAUACAGCAGUGAUUUGUAGCUAUCUGUAGUUGUAUCUAGUAGACAAAAUGUCAAAAGACUAGUUCCUGAUUGUGUUCGACUAGAAUGCCACUUUUCCACUAACUUGAACCCUACUCUAGAGAGUCAUAGGCCUAGUCCAGUGAUAGACUCACUGUGUGACUCAAGGAAGACACUUAACAUAACAGUGUGCCACUGUGGAGGCAAGCAAACAAAUUCACUUGUCUCUUAUUAUUUGUAAGUUGCUUUGGAUAAAAAACAUGUAAAAUGAAAAAGAUCAGCUUUUAGACAUAAGUAGCAUAUAGGGUCAGGAAGAAUAAUUUGAGAGAUGGUUGCAAUGAAAACGUGACGCCACUCUGGGCCUCCACAGAGGGAGUUGUGUAACAAUGUUUUUGUAAGAUGCAUUUUAUUAAUUUAAUUAUUGUUUCUUAGAUAUAUGUCCUUAACUAAUGUGAUACACAGGUUCAACAUGCAUUACAGAUAUUUUGUUUUCAUACUUUUUUCUUUUAUACAAUUGGAGCACAAGUAGGUUAAUUAACUUGCUCAGGGGCACACAGUUAGUAAGAGGUGACAGUUUAACUGAUACCUUUACGUCUUGAAGUCAAAUGCUUCAUGUCACUACAUCAUAUGUACCGGUACUAUAAGAAAGUAAGAGCUCAGGGACUUCAGUUAUAGCCUGUAGUUGAAACUCUUUACUUUUUUUCCUAAGCAGUGUGUAGUUUUAAACAGUUAUUUGUAAAUCUUACUGUUAAUUACCAUUGAUUUAUACUUUUUGAUUCAUUUAUUUUUGUGCAGUCUCUGCCACCAUCUUUUAUAUGGUAACAGAAUAGACCAGAACAUACUUCUGUUGAAAAACUGAACUAACCUCUUUUUAAAUAAUCGUGAGAGAAAAAAAGAAACAUCAUCCAUUUGAAUAUGGUUAUAUUAUGGCAGUGAUUAGCCAUAAUAUUGUGUUGUUUUUGGUAGCUAUUUGCAUUUUUUUUUUGUCGAUUCUCUUCUUUUUACUCUUUCUCUCUUUAAAAUAUUUCUACAGGGUGAUAAACAGAUGAAAGGUCCAUCAUUAGUAAAAAUGUAGUGCACACAACAUCAGACGUGAGUAGUUGGUGAUGUAUGUGUCUGUAGAACAGACACUUUUAAAUACAUCUUUUUGUACUUGGGCUCAAUUGCAAUAGAAGUGGCACAACUGCAGUAUGUAUUAAAGUUUAUGUGUUGUGUAUAUAUACAUAUAUAUGUACACACACACACACACACACACAAAGUGAGAAAGAGGGUGUAAUAUUAAAAGAUUGGAUAUUGCUAUGCAAUAUUUUUGAAGUUAUAAAUGAGAGAAUUAUUUGUUCAGCUGAGCUGAGCAGUAUAGGUUUUAAAUUCUUUGUCAUAAUUUAGUCUUUAAGACAUUUUAUUGACAGCAGAGAGGUGUUUUCACAUUGUACUCUUAAAAACCCUAUGACAGUAUUUUUGUCAUAAAAAAGAGCAUUAAUAUUGUAUUGUUUUCUGUGCUAUCAAGUAGUGUGUACAGAAAUUCAGCUAUUAUAACAAAAAAGGCAAAACCUAAUGUGAGACUUGUGUUUGGAGACAUUGCUGGGUUUUGAAUUAGUUUGUCUGUCAUUAGGCACUUUGUAGACAGGAAUAGACAUGACAGUACAGUAGACAGGACUGUUUGCAAUAUUAGAGGUAAAUUUAGUGUAUAAUAAACAUUACCUCAUAUCUAGACAAAUAUAAAACGUGUAAGUUUUGACAAUUUCAAAAAUAGAUCUUAAAUUUAUAUAUUGUACUAAAUAUCAGUAUAUAUGUUUAACCAAAGUUUUCAUGAGCUAUUGUAUGCGUCUCAAGAUGUUUUUGUAAGGCUGAUUCCAAAGUUAUUCUUAACGCAUGGGUCAGGCUUGCCAUAGUCUUUAACAAAAUUAGCUACAUACUGUAAAUGCUUUCUAGUUUGAUAUUGCAAGCCUAAAGACAACUGUUGCUUAUUUUUUUAUUAUAUUUAUUAAUGCAGCAUAGUAGCACAGUGGUUAGUGCUGCAGUAUGACUGCCCAAGACACCCGAGUCCCACUCACAUCCUGAUCGUUCACUCUGUGCAGUAUUUUGGAUUCUCGUAGUGUCUGCACAUUUCCUCCCACAUUCCAAAAACAUUCAUGUUAGCUUAAAUGAUAGCUGCACGUGUGUGAAAGUACCUUGUGAUGGACAGGUUCCACAUCCAGAGUUGUUACUGCCUUGAACCCAGUACUUCUUGAAGAGUCCUGAUUAAGUGGAUUCUGGAAAUAAAUAUAUGGAAGAAUAUUUUUAAAAGUGUGUGCAGUCAUUUAGAUGAGCGGAAUUCUAGAGUUGUGUUUAAAGCAGGUGUGCACUGUCUUUUUUUAAGAGGUUAUUCGACAAGACAUUGGUGCGGCUUAAGGUAAUCACACAGGUGAAAUGGCUAGCUUUCAGUAGCCCACUACCUUUACUGGCACAUGUACAGUAUAAUAAACGCUCAACCUAACAGCCAUUUAACUGCCGUUUACAGUUUAGGUUACACAGUUACUGGUGCAACCAGCUAGAGAUCUAUACAUUUAAAAAACACUUCUUUUUAUAGAAUAUAUACUUCCUACUAUAUAAAAGUUUCCCAAUCUGUGACAAUAAAAUAUUUUUUUACUAGAUAGCAUUCCGUUUUAUAGUCCAAACUUAUUUCCUGUACAGGUAUAUAUUUUACAUAUAGUGUGUUAGCCUCAUAGCACUGGGGAUGCAAGUUUAGUUCCUGUUUCAGCCUUGUUGUGUUACGUUCAUCCCCGUGUCUGCUGUGGAUUUCUUGUGGUAUUUCGGUUUCAACUUGAGGGCCUUAGAGCAACUGACAACUGGGAAUAACCCCUGUGAGGGUUUGACCAUGACGUCCUGAGAAGCGGGCCUGAUACAACCAGAAGUGGGAUCUGUUACCUUGUGACUGUACAGUGGGAAAAAUUUGUGAGUUCAGAAAAUGAACAAUGCACAGAUGACCCUUUGCACAAAUAUUUUUUAAAUUACCUAAACUGUAUGCAGAGCUGGCUCUUGCAUUUUUGCUGCCCUAGGUGAAGCUGUAAAUGGUGUGAUGGCUUGCACCACCACCAUCUACUCAAAGCACCAUGAUGUUCCAACAAUGAUGGAUGGAUUAAAAGCCAGAAGUCUGUAUGAUCAUCAGCAUCAAGUGACUCCGUGAGAACCCUAACUACAAAGAGGACUAUUUCAUUUAUGUUAGGUAGAAUGCCCAGAGGGGACUGGGCGGUCUCGUCCUGGAACCCCUACAGAUUUAAUUUUUUUCUCCAGCUUUGUGGAGUGUUUUUUUUUUUUUGUUUUUUCGCUCCACCCUGGCCAUCGGACCUUACUCCUUUUCUAUGUUAACUAAUGUUGUCUUAUUUUAAUUUCUUAUUUUGUCUUUUAUUUUUCUUCAUUAUGUAAAGCACUUUGAGCUACUUUUUGUAUGAAAAUGUGCUAUAUAAAUAAAUGUUGUUGUUGUGAGACCCCCCCCCCCCCCAACACAAGCAACUGCUACAUUAUUUGGUAGAUUUUUCAAGUAUUAUCUAUGUUAAUACCAAUAUAUAAUAACCAUACUUAUAGUAAUAUAAAACAGGUAUAAUUUGCAUAGCAUUAAACAUGGAAUUAAAGAAAUGUCAAGGCUGUGGAGAGUACACUGAACACUUCAGCAGUUAGGUGGAACUCCUAUUUUUCUUCUUUAAGUAUUGUCAGCAUUCCUUCCCGGGAUAUACAAACUUCUUAUAAAACUGCUUGUAAUUCAAUAUUCUGUUUGUGUAAAAUAAAAGAAGAAACGGAGAGAAAAAUAUACGUAUGUGUGUAUCCAAAAUUUGCAUCAACCCAAUGUCGAAAUAAUGUCUAGUAUAUAAAAUAAGAACAAACUUGCUAAAAGAAUAGAGUACUAAAACAAAAGUAAAACUACAAACUUGCACUAGAAGGAAGUAAAGAAAUGUGAUGUUCCGCAUAAAGUUAGCCACAGUAAUGUGGUGCAAUGUGUUCUAGGAUUUGGAAGACCAUCCAUAAAGGGCUUGUGUAAGUUGUCAGACAUUGACAUCAAACAUCGCUAGCAUGCUAAAAUAAUGUAAACAAUACAGUAUAAUCAGGUUAAUGGGAGUUGGACAACUCUAUUGAGUCUGAGAGUUCAUUGGUCAAGGUUGGUAUCAUUUUAUAAAAGCCCUGCACCCAAAUUACACUGCCGAAAGUGAUCGCCACGUUCGCUGUUCGCAUGACAUGCUGUUUGUAUGGCUGAUUAGUUAAGGGUUUCACACUUUAUUUAUUUCAUCUGUUGACAAAAUCCCAAGUAUCCUCCAAAGUGAUCUUUUACUUUCUCAGAUUUAAAUGUCCUCAGGUGCUCAGUCUUAAGUAUGUGCUAUGGCUGCUUAUUCUGUGCCACAUACUCACCAAGCAGACAUCAUAAUUUUAGUACUGCCAGGAACUCUUGUGAAGUUUUAUAAUACUUUUUCAUAUUUAAAUUAAAAUGUGCAUUUUCACUGGCACCUUUCAAUCAAUUAUUUAACACCACAUAGCUCUAGCUUGGUCAUUGGCAGUAAUGCUGGGUUGUCCACUUCUGUUGAUUUCUUUGUUAAAAAACAAUCUCACAUUUCCCACGGUGCAUGUAUGUUGUAUUAAAUGGAUCUGAAUUGUAUGGGUAACAUUUGUAAAGAUGUCUUCAUAUAAAAGGUUUACUUUCCUGAAAGGAAGAAAGAAAAUGGUAUAUUUAUAGGAAGGAAAGCAGUAGAAUUGUUCAAAUUCUGCUAGCUGAGUUGCCGUCCAUAUGUGAAGAACAACAGUCCUUAGAGAGACAUGGAAUAAUAUGUAACUUAAUUUUGGUUGCUAAUUUUUAUAUAAUUGAUAAACCAAAAAAAUCAACCAACGGCUUCAUGAUAAAUUGUGAAUGGAUAGAGAGCUUUCCAGUUGUCUAGAUAGAAAGGCAGGAUGUUACAUCAAGAAAUUAACGCAUUCACUGAAACCAACGACAUUUUUUUUUUAAAUCAUGCAUGUGAGUAUGCAAAAUCUUAACAUUACAUCAGAAUGCUUCUGCAAGCCUACUGCAGCAGUUGCGCAGUUAUAGCAGCUUAGUAGUUAGUGUCACUUUUGAUAACCGUUAUUUGAAAAUCGUCUCGCUGCCACUGCUAGCACUUUGUGAGCUGAUCCCUCUCCUUGUGUGUGCUGUUGAACCUUUGUGACAAAUGCAGUACACCGGAGUAAGGUGUCUAGUACUGAUGUUUUACAUAUUAUGAUAUCCUGGGUUUCAAAGCAGUCAGCACUAUCGCUGCAAUGUUUUGUGGUCUGUAGUUAUGAUGUAUACAUUGUCGUGAGUAAAAAAAAUAUAUAUAUAUAAAUAAAUAUCUGCGUAACUGUUAUAAGUGCUGUAAUUAUUAAAUAGUUCAAUUGUCACACUGCUUACAGGAUAGCAGAUAUGUGAUUGCAAAAUGGAACUUUUGCAUUAAAAAAUCUUGUUAAUAUUGGUAAAUAAUAGUCAAGGAGAGCUGGAAAAUUAGUCUUAUUGAAGAAAAACUAUACAUCCUCUUAGGUUUAUAAAGAAAUAUUUACAUUUAUGCAACAAAAAAUCGUCAAUCAUGUUUUUUUUUCUAAUUCUAAGUAACAAAGAUGGUUUUAAAACUGUGAUUAGCAUCACUUCUGACUCCAUGGCAGUACUGUCAACUGUACUGGUUGAUUGGUUGAACACUUUGAGCAUUGAAAUUCUCCUUUUGGCUGUGCAAUUGUUUUAAUUAAACAUGACUUUUUUU